AUGUCAACUGUACUGACUACCCCAAGAUCUCCUACAUUUCCCGUACCAGACACCUUCAAUGGUCUCACCGUCCGCCAAGCGGUACGCCGCACACGCAGUAGUAGCAUUCUCAAAGUCGAAAAAGUCGGCGUCGAAUCGCAGGAGGAGGUCCUCGAUUCUGCCAUGUACGAAAAUGUGAACGCGGAAUGGGUAAAUCGCAAAGGUGCCUGGCUCAUUCACCCUGCCCUCAUUUUCGCUGGCAAAAUGGUUAUCGAUACUAUCCCGGGUAUGAGGCAAGAUAUUAGCUGGUUCCUGGUUAAUUUGGUGUAUCUGGGGUUCUCAUAUCUCAUGUUCCACUGGGUCACCGGGAUUCCCUUCCAGUCUGAUCAGCAUGCCGGUGUGUAUGAUGAAUUGACACUAUGGGAGCAAAUCGACCAGGGCGCACAGUAUACACCGGCUAAGAAAUGGUUGUUUAUCGUGCCCGUACUGCUAUUCCUCGCGUCAACUCACUAUUCUGAAUACAAUCCCUGGAUGUUUGCAAUUAACCUCACGGCGCUCAUAUUCGUACUCAUCCCCAAACUGCCACAGCUUCACCGUCGUCGAGUUCGUUUCAUGGUCGACGAAGAUGACCCGUCUGGUCUGGGCAGCUCUACUGCACCUACCCCGCGAUCAGGUUCGUCGACGCCCACGAAUGGAGAGAUUCGCGCGACCGCGAUCGAGACCAUCACAGAGUCUAAGUUCGAGUAG